AAAAGUUGUGACAGUGCUGUUAAUCAGGAAAAUAUAGAAUUGAUGUCAAUGCCAUCCAGUCCAGGUUACUAUAACCACGCUGCUGUCAUUUCGCUGUCUACGGUGAAUCUUCAUGAGAGUAACCUUGAUGGCGUAAAUGAUAAUGAUGACGUCGGUGUUGAUGGUUUCUCUGCUCAACAGCUGUUUUCAUUUGCUUGGCAAGUAGCAAGAGGAAUGAAUCACCUUGCCGAAAAUGAUUUCGUUCAUCGUGACCUUGCAGCUCGGAACAUCCUUGUUGGUCAAGACGGACGAGUGAAGGUGUCAGACUUUGGUUUGAUGCGCCAAGUGUACGAAGACGUGUACAGCAUAAAAAAAGCUAAAAAGCUGCCAGUUAAAUGGAUGGCACCAGAGAGCAUCUUCGAGGGUGUUUUCACUAUCAAGAGUGACGUUUGGUCUUAUGGAAUUUUUCUCUGGGAAAUGGCUACCAUGGGUGGUGUUCCAUACCCUACGUUUACCAAUACAGAGCUCUGUAAACUUCUAAAGAAUGGAUAUCGCAUGGAAAAACCUGAUAUGUGCUGCCAUGAAGUAUAUGAAAUGAUGACGUCAUGCUGGGAGAACGAUCCUACAACUCGCCCCAGUUUCUCGGAGUUGAUUGACCGACUGGAGGCUAUUAUGACGAGGGAUGUAACAUACUGCGAUAUGUCAAACUGCGAUGAAUCGAGUCCAUACUAUAACAUACAGGACAUGGUUGACGAAGAAAGCGGAUGA